CAAGGUGAAGGGAGAAAAUACAGAGCUACGGUUCCCCCCACCUCCCUCUCUACUUACGCUAUAAGGUGUGUGUUUCAAACCGUGACAGUUAAACUGCACUUAUGCACCCAGACUGUGGCUCCGGAAUCGAGUCAUCUCGAGGUCCAGCGUUAGACGCCACUUUCUCCAAGAUGCACCUGUGAACCGGAAGGCGGAAAGAUGCCGCGCACCAAGCAGAACAACCCAAAAAAUUUAAAAGAUAAAAUCGAAGAAGCACAGAAAGAGCUCAAAGACCCCAAAGGCCCACAAAAAGGAAUAUCUGACAUCAGUCGCAGAAAUGCAGAUAAUAUUAAAGGCUUGAAGAGGAAAAAGGUUGUUGCAGAAAAUCAGCUCAAGAAAAUUCCCAAAUCCCCUGUGAAGAAGCCCCUGCAGUCAAAAACAUCUGAAACUGCGCUCCCCGGAGCAUCAUCCAAGGAAACUACACCUUCUUGCUCUUCCUCCUCAAACAGUCCUACCCACAGUUCUUCUUCCAGUGGGAAAAGAGACCCACAGAAUGACUCACCAGUUGCAGCUCCCCCUGAUGAGGGGUCAUCUUCUACUGAUGCUGAAAGGCUGAAGCAAGAAGAGACGUCGUCGAGUCAACCCUCGCCCGAGCACGCUGAUGUCCAGGAAGGCUCUGUAAUUGCUGCCAACGUGUCUCAUCCCAAAGACAUCAAGAACCAAGAUCCCAGCCUUGAAGGAGAUCCGUACCAGAGCAGUGCUCCACUCGAUGUUCUACUUAAAGCCAUGGAGCCUGACUUAAGUACACUUGCUGAGAGGAAUAACACCUUGCAGGUCACAGCCAUUGGAAAACCAGCUUCCACCCUUCAAGCUCAGUCCAGUGAGGAUUUAUGUAGAAUGCCAGCUGUCAAUGUUGGUCUCCAGACCCAACCUUCCCAUAUGCAGACUUACUACAUUGACAAACAGGGCAAUUUUAUUGGCAUUGCAGCACCAUUACAGGGGAGUGUGCAAGCAGCUUCACAGGGUACGCCAAUGCAGUCGUCUCCACUGGUUACACAGCAGUUCAUGCCUGUUGCUACACAUCCAGAAAAGCCUGCCUUGCAUAUGAGCUUUAAUGCUGGACCAGCCACUAUAACUCAUGCACCUGUUCCCUCGGGUUCCAAUUCUUUGCCACAAAGCCAACCACCUAUUGUGCAAACAUGCCAGUCGCUCUCAGCAAGUGUUCCCAGCACCAUUCAGGUCCCCGUCACACCUGGGAGUAACCAAGUUCAAAUGGCCACUGUGAUGAACUUUGGUGCUGAACAGGUUUGCAAGGGCCAAAAGCCUAAAAAGCCAGGGAAAUACGUGUGUGAAUACUGCAAGCGGGCUUGUGCAAAACCCAGUGUGCUGCUCAAACACAUCAGGUCCCACACAGGAGAAAGACCAUAUCCUUGUGUUACUUGUGGCUUCUCAUUCAAAACCAAGAGCAACUUGUACAAGCACAAGAAAUCCCAUGCUCAUGCUAUAAAACUAGGUCUCAUUGCACGCUCUGAAUCUGGAGGAGGGUCACUAUCUCAAGAAUCUGACAAAGCCCUUGGGGCACAUUCAGAGGUGGAGGAGAGUGGAGAUAGUGAUGAAGAUGGGAGCACUGCAGACUUGGACCCUGACUCAUCACAGAGUAGUGUGGCAGCUUUGUCUGAAAACAGUUUACAAAAUGUAGGUACAAACCAAUCAAGCCAUGGCGAACUUGACUCCCCACCUACGUUUGACUUGGUCAAACCGGCACCUGGCCAGAAGGGUCAUGAGCCCAAGGUGACAGCCGCGCUUCCAAAAGUUGUUGUUUACCCAGUGAAUGUCUCUCCUCUGAGGGCAGAUAGCCCGAGAGUUACAGGUGCAGCACCAGAACAAGCAGCUGCACAACGCCAACGAGACUUCCAGACUGCCAAUCUGAGAUCAAGCAUCACAGUCCUGUCCUCUCUGAAAGAGGUGGAUGGUCCAAAUCCCUCACUGGAUACUGUGAGUGAAGAUGAAGACCAGCAGUGCAAGUCUCCACUGUUGGGUGGACAUGCUCAGCUUCAGAGACAACAAGCAACAGACUUUUCUCAACAGCAACAAGCUAAGUGUCUACUUAGUCCACGCAGUUUGGGAAGUACAGAUUCUGGCUACUUCUCACGCUCUGAAAGUGCUGACCAGGCCAUGAGUCCACCUAGUCCUUUUGUCAAGAUAACUCCACCGGUAGACAUUGACAUUGUCAAGAAUACUCCUCCAAAUAUCCCACCUGUGGUUGCCACAGUUAUGCAUGUAGCAGCUGACCAAAAGCCACGGGCCACAGGUGGACAGAUGCGUCCACCACUAGAAGUCAAAGCACUGUCUCUGGAGGAGCGGAUUUCAAAGUUGAUAUCCGAUAACGAAGCAGUAGUUGACAACAAGCAGCUGGAUAGUGUAAAGCCAAGGAGGACGUCUCUUUCAAGAAGAGGAAGCAUUGACUCCCCUAAAUCAUACAUAUUUAAAGACUCUUUUCAGUUUGAUCUUAAACCAAUGGGAAGAAGAUCAAGUUCCAGUUCAGACAUCCCCAAGUCCCCAUUCACCCCCACAGAUAAAUCUAAGCCAGUAUUCCUUCUCUCUGUACCUUCUCAAUAUCCACCAAUGGAUUGCUUGCCAAUUACAAGGAGUAACUCUGUGCCUACUACACCUGGACACUCUGCAUUUCCUGUUAAUGUCCCUCCCCUUCCCCACCCUUUGCGAAUUUGUCAGUCAUUUGAUGAGAAAAUUAGUACAUUGCACGACGAUGUAUUUUCAUCAGCCCCAUCAACCCCAAAUCCAGCAAUACAUUCUCGUACAUUAGUUAGACAAGCAGCAGUGGAAGACUUCUCUACAAGUGAAGGACAUGGCCUAACGACAGUUCGCUCCAUGGAUGAGGGCUAUCACGGUCCGAGCAGUAACACUGAAUUAGUGCAAAGAAGCAGAUCAUUUGAGCACAGUCAGGACAGAAACAGAAAGCCUCUGCAGAACAAAGGCACAAUGUACGAGUGUGAAACCUGUCGUAACCGGUACAGAAAGUUAGAGAACUUUGAAACUCAUAAAAAGUUCUAUUGUUCUGAACUUCAUGGGCCAAAAAACAAGCCACAUGCUGUUAAAGAAACGGAUCAAGAUGUUUUUCUUGUUAACAUGCAGCAGCCCGUAGUCCCGAGAUCAACUGGUGGCUCGGGAAUAAUUGAUCAACAGACCUCAAUUAGAAAAAGAAGGAUAAUGAAAAGUGUUGGGGAUGAGGAUGAUCAGUCACCAACUGACACCAUUCCACCAUGCCCCGUUGCUUUUGAGCUACCAACAGCUCUGGCAAGUCAGACUUUUUCUCAGCAUGCUGUAAUAGUAGACAUACAGCCCAAAAACAGUCAGUCAAAGCUACCUCAGAUUCAGCUGAUAGCAAGAGGUAUGAACACUUCAGAUUCCAGACUGUCACCCAUACGAGAGACCCAGAUUAGUACCUCAACUAAAGGAGAAAUGCAAAGACAAGGCAGCGGUACAUCAGUCAUUAGACACACCAACUCUCUGAGUAGACCCAAUUCAUUUGAAACCGAGUCUAUUGAUAGGGCCUCUCCUGUUGAUAUUAUGGAGAAGGAUGUCCUGAACAAGCCCAAAACAGAUGCAAUAGCAAAUGUCUCAGCCGACAACUUUCAUGAAGAGACAUCCAAACCUAAGAGCACGGACUAUGGAAAACAAAUGAAGGAUCAAUGCACUGACUGCACAGUAGCAGCAGGGGAAAACUCUACUCCUGUCCAUCAGUCACGUUUGGUUCGUCAAAAUAAUAUACAGGUUCCCGAGAUCCUGGUCACAGAGGAACCUGACAGAGAGCAUGAAACACAGACGUCUGAGCCAGUGGAAAAACCCACCGAUCAGUUCAACUGGCCUCAGAGAAGUGAGAGUUUGUCAAAGUUACCAGCAGAGAAACUACCACCUAAAAAGAAGAGAAUUCGUCUUGCUCAAAUGGAGCAGUCUUCAGGUGAAUCAAGUUUUGAGUCUAGUCUCUCAAGGAGCCUCAGCCGGGACAGUAGCCUGUCUCGUUGCUCCAGUGUCUCAGCCUCAUUUGACAGAGAUGAGCCAUCUAGAUCAGAGAGUCCAUCUAGAGGGGAAUGUGUUGGCAAAAUUCCAGAGCCCCAAGGGUUGCCAAUAGCCUUCAACACCCUCGGUGUUCCUGGAAUGAUGAGACGUGCUGCAUCUGAACAGAUCACUUGUACCCAACCUUCUGUGGAGAUUUCAUGUGACUACCGUAGCAAGUCUUUUGACUGUGGCAAUGUUUCACCGAGCAGAUCACUGUCACCUGUUGGCCAGCCAAAAAGUGGAAAUAUCCCCCAAGUUUCCCAGGUGCCACUUAUUGAAAGGAGGCGAGGGCCAUUAGUUCGACAGAUGUCUUUAAAAAUCGGCCCAGAGAGUCAGCCACCCGCUAGGAAAGUCGUUUUACCCCUUGAUAAACCUCCCAUGACAAAUGUUAGCUCUUUAUCUCAGAACAGAUCCCAUCAGAUUCACAUUGCCAAUAGUCGCCCCAUGGCUCAGCCUUUUAUCCUGCAUAGUGGUGAAAAACCCUUACAAAAGAAUGAGCAAAUGGUGCAAUGCAUUAAUUUGGGCAGUCCAACUCAGCAGCCUCAAGUGCAUGGCCUUCCACACCCCUGGCAUCAAAUAUCAAGGGUUCAAAUAUGCCAGAAGAUGCAACAACCAACAAAACAAAUUUUAGUUUGUCACGAGAAUGUCCAGAAUAAACCCACUGACUCUGAAGAAAGGAAAAGUUUUGUGCCCAAAUACCAACUGCAGUGUCCGGCUAUGAGAUCAAGCCAAACGUUUUCCUUCUCCGGCACACAGGGAAAUCAGAUAGCCUUGCCAGUUUUAACAAUACCAAUUGCCAAUCCUAUUUUGACCAUGUCGAAAUCGCCAGAUGUAAUCCAAAACGUUUAUGUUGCUCAACCAAAUCAACAGACCUCUGACAUUAAGACGCAAACUGUAGUUUUGUCCCGUGAACAGCAAAGAAACCCAUUUGAUCAGACGCAAGCCGGUGCUUUACCAUUGCCACAGAUCCUGAUAACUCAUGAGCAGAUGCAACCCGCUCCUUCUGUGUCUAGUAAGAACAGCCUCUCAUCCUCUCACUGUGUGGAUAGUGAUUCUCAUGCUGUACCAGCUGCAAAGAAGGACUGGAUUCCAACUAAAACAGUCAACACUCACAGCCACAGUGGAGAACAAGCACCUUCUCAUGGGUCUUUACACUGCGCUCAGAAGCUGGCAUCGGUGACUCUGUGUCCACAGCAGGAACCCACUGCUUCAAGUAAACGGAUGCUCUCACCUGCCAACAGCUUAGACAUCUACAUGGAAAAGCACCAGAAACGGGCCAAGGACGAGCAUGGCGUGGCCUGUCUCACCGAUGGCCGAUCGGUCAACUAUCUUAAUUCCAAGAUGUCAGAAGUGACAAGACAGCGGAAGUUUACACUCGUGAGGCAGGUGUGCACAACAGAACCAGCGGACAGUCCCAUUGAAACGGAGGCUCCAUCAUUGCCCGAGAUAAAAACAGACCAAGUGAAGGACUCUGAGGCGACUGAUGAUGUCAAGCCCAUGUCACCUGACAGUCCUGGUCUGGACAAAGACACAAGCACUGUUAUUCAAGAGGCAGGCCCUGCUAUGAAUACUACACCUGGCAGUCAGAGCGUCUGCACACAGGCUAAUGACAAGCCGAGGCCCCAAGAGAAAGCUGAGGAACAGAGGUGGACCCCUGCUAAAUGCCCUAUUAAGCCGUCAAGUUUCUAUGGGGGUCAGGUGAAACUGACCACGUCUGUGUCUGUGGUCAACACAAAAGACAGUCACCGCUUGUCUUUCCCAAGCCUGAAGACUUCGACCACAUUCACGUGGUGUUUCUUAAUGAAGAGGAAACCUCUUCACGUUCCACAGACUGACCUGAAGACGUCAGCGUAUGCAGCCUGGACAGUGAGCCCCAAUAAUCCCAACCCGCUCGGGUUGCCCACCAAAGUGGUCAUGUCUCUGUUUGACUCCAAGCAGAGCUCCAAGAAAAUACACUACACCUCAGCCAUAAGAACAAAUGGAAAAUCCGAUUUCCUGUCUUAUUCAGGGAAGCUGAAAGAUAUCAUGCCACGGGUGACAAUAACCCAGCGAUCUGUAUCAGCUGAAACCAGAGGAAAAGUGCAAUCAGAAAACCAAGCCAGCAGUGACUCAGACAAGGACUUGCUGUCUAAAACGGAGCCCAGACGAGUGAAAAUAUUUGAUGGCGGAUACAAAUCUAACGAAGAGUACGUGUACGUGCGGGGGCGUGGCCGCGGUAAAUACAUCUGCGAAGAAUGUGGGAUCCGCUGUAAGAAGCCCAGCAUGCUGCGGAAACACAUCCGCACCCACUCCGAUGUGCGGCCGUACCACUGUGUUCAGUGCAACUUCUCCUUCAAAACUAAAGGAAAUUUGACCAAGCACAUGAAAUCCAAGGCCCACAGUAGGAAAUGCAUGGAGAUGGGGCUGCCGGAGGGUCUGAUUGAGGACCAGGAUGCAGAGGAUUCUGGAGACCGCAGCCAGUUGAGCAGCGCUGACCGCCAGGAUUCAGACGGCGACGACUCUGACGGCCCCGACGACGAGGAGAACGAUGACAAUGAGGAGGAAGAGGAGGACAGUCAGGCCGAGUCUGGCCUGUCGACCAACCCCUCUGUGUCUGCCAGUCCACAGCACAUCCCGUCCAGAGAGGCUGAGGUCCCUCCGAGCGCCCUGCUAGCCCAGAUGUCAAUCAGCUCAGUCUCUCUGCUUCCGUCCCAGCCCUCGGCUGCUAAAUCCUACACAUCAGAGUCAGAGUCUGUCCCCAUGAUGAGCCCUGUGUCCCUCAGCAAGCACAUCUCCAUCUCUGGAUGCUGCUACAGCCCACUGCCCCUGCCUCACUCGCCUCCGCCCGUUGCCACCACGUCUGAGUCCUACACCUCAGACACAGAGUCAGUGCACAUGAUGAGCCCAGUGUCACCAUGCAGGCAGAUGUCCAUCGACUACCCAGACUUUGAUGUGCCCCCGAGUCCCCCAGUCACAGGAAAGGGCUCCAGACUAGGCCAGGAAACCGCAACCACCCCUGCUGCUGCUGCUGCUGCUGCUGCUGCAGUGACCAGUGACUCAGGUGUACCAGUAGACCGCGGCACUCAGACUUCCUCCUAUUCUUCUCAUGGUCUGGAGCACUUUCCUCCACAAGGACUCUCUCAAACACCAGGAGCAGGAACCCAGACCCACCUGUUCAGUCACCUGCCCCUCCACUCCCAGCAGCCGUCCCGAUCCUCGUACAGCAUGUUGCCAGUCGGUGGGAUCCAGCUGGUGCCCGCCGGCCUGGCCGCUUACUCCACCUUUCUGCCACUCCAGGCCGGCCCCAUGCAGCUCACCAUCCCAGCAGUGAGCGUCAUUCACAGGAACACAAGCCCGUUACCGGCCCCCCAUACUUCCCCUCAGCCAGACGGCCUGCAGUCACAGCCACUUGUGGUCCAGGAACCAAUUAGCAGUGUUGUUCCCUGCUUCCCUCUCGGGCAGGUCACUGGCCUGCAGGCUCAAACGAUACAGCCAGUUAAUCUGGAGACGCUUAAUCUCAUGGGGCUGAGCGGCACAGGCCUGACGUCCACACAGCUGCUGCCCCAGCAAGGCCUCACCCUCAACGCCACCCUCGGGCUGCAGGUUCUAGCUGCCAGCCCGACUUCCCAAAGCAGCACCUGCCCCCAGACUCACGUCCCAGGUCUACAGAUACUGAACAUCGCUUUGCCCGCCAUCAUUCCCUCGCUCAGCCCUCUCUCCGCUCUCAGCCCUCUCCCUGGUUUUUCAGAGAGGCAGGGCAGCCCCGAAGCUCCAGGAGCACCGCCGUCCCAGAAUGAACAAGGGCUCGGUUCUCUGCUGAGCUGCAUGUCUGCUGCACCACGCGCUCCUCUGAAGGUCAGCGGCUCUCCAGGACUGACUGCAGGCAGCAGCGGAGCAGAGUUCACACAGACUGCAGAGUGGGAAGAAAAGAAUAAACCCACUCUACAGCAGCAGCAGCAGCAGCAGAGACGGCCUCCAUCACCAGCUCCUGAGAACAAAGCACACUGCAGUGCUAAGGAGUCACCAGUUGAGGGAGCUAGUGAUCCUGCACCUCCAAGACCGCCGCCGGUGACCAGAUGGCAGAAGGUAAUUGAUGACUCUAAUGAGGUGUCCAGCGAUGAUGAAGACAGACUGGUCAUUGCCACCUAAAAAAAAACAAAAAAAAAAACAAAAAAACAAACGAGUGGAAAAGCUCUUCUUCUCCUCUUUUUGUAAUUCUCGUCACUUUGUAAGACUGAAAACACUUUUUCGGGGUUUGUUUCUGAACAGAUCUCCUCUCAAAGCACAGAUGCUGACGUUCAUAUUGUAUGUGCAAUCACAUGAUUAUUAAAUAAUGAUGACCAAUCAUUUUAUUUUUACUUUCUUUGUCAGCUCCAGACAUUUUCUUUUCUUUGUUUUGGUUUUUUUUCUUCUUCUUUUGUACAUGUUGUAUAGACAAUUGUGCCUUUAUGGAGUUUCUUGUUUAGGAACCUGUACAUAAUCCCUCAUGAAUCCAGUAGUUGCUUGUGUUUAUUUCCAAAAGACAAAGAAGUAAAGAAACGAUGCAGGACGAUGGAGAAAACCUGUUUUAUUUUGGAGGAUUUUUGUCAUUCGUAAAUUUAUGAAAUUAUAAAUGUUGUACUGGUAAAUGUACAUUUCUAUGGAUUAUAGGGCAAUGUUUCUGUGUACAGAUGUUGUGUUCCACUAUUUAUUAUAAUCCAUCUAGUGCCCAUUAUGAGUCAUAAGUCCAUAGGUAUGUGCAUUAUAGUAGCUUUACAUUUAUGUAUCAAUAUUCUUAACUGUAUCAGUAAAGAUUUGUUUACAAACAAUAAUGUGGUGUCACUGUAUUUUUGGGACGUACCGCGUCUCUCUGAAAGAAAUGAAUCUGCAAUAAUUAAAUAACAAUUUUCCUGCACA